UUUUUUUUUUAUUUUUUUUUUUGGCAAAUACUUUUCAGAGAAACUGUGUUUAAAAAACUCGGAUGGAGUUACCAGACUUGGGCCGUCAUUGUGCUAAUCCUGCAUGCAAGCAACUGGAUUACCUUCCUUUCAAAUGUCAAUAUUGUAAACAAGAAUAUUGCGACGAACAUUCGAACACAAAGGAUCAUAAUUGUCCAAAUGCACCAAGUGGUGACGGAGAACGUGUACCUGUUUGUCCCGUCUGUAAUGUUCCUGUUCCUGUCAGUCGUGGAGAAGACCCGAAUAUUAGAAUGGACUGGCAUAUAGCUAAUGACUGCCGUCCUCCACCAAAAACAACUUCUUCUAAACCAUUCAAUGCGUGUUCUUUUGUUAAAUGUAAAACAAGAACUCCUGUUCCGCUGAUUUGCUCAGACUGUGGUAAAAAUUAUUGUAUCAAGCAUCGUCUGGGACUUGACCAUAAUUGUGAUAAGGUAAAAAAGGAUAACAAAAUUAGUAAUCUUUCAAAAUUUGAGGCUUCGUUCGCAAAGUCAUCAACGGCAUCUACGUCAAAGUUGAUGUCGACAUCCAAACAACCAAAGCCAAUACCUAUAACUCCGACAAUACCUAUAACGGCUUCAAAAUCAUCAAAAAAUUCAAUAAAAAACUGGAUGGGAAAACUUUUUAAGUGAUUAUUUUUACAUAGAACUUUUUUUCCGUUUUAAGGUCAAUUUUCAUUAUUAAUUAGCAUUAUAAAUUAUUAGAGAUAGAAUAUUCAGAUAUCUGAAACAUUAAAUAUAUUAUUAUGCCUAUAUACACAUUUAUAUCUACAAAGGCAAAAUCAUAGUAUUAUGUAAAUUAUUUGUUUUAAAUUAUUU